CUUUCCCUCCCCGCCUGAGCGCCCGCCCCAGCUAUCAUGGCGGCUCCCUUGGCCCUGGUGCUGGUGGUGGCCGUGACCGUGCGGGCGGCCUUGUUCCGCUCCAGCCUGGCAGAGUUCAUUUCCGAGAGGGUGGAGGUGGUGUCCCCACUGAGCUCUUGGAAGAGAGUGGUUGAAGGCCUCUCAUUGCUGGACCUGGGAGUGUCUCCAUAUUCUGGAGCAGUAUUUCAUGAAACUCCAUUAAUAAUAUAUCUCUUUCACUUCCUGAUUGACUAUGCUGAAUUGGUAUUUAUGAUCACUGAUGCACUCACUGCUCUUGCCCUGUAUUUUGCAAUCCAGGACUUCAAUAAAGUUGUAUUUAAAAAGCAGAAACUCCUCCUAGAACUGGACCAGUAUGCUCCAGAUGUGGCUGAACUUAUCCGAACUCCUAUGGAAAUGCGGUACAUCCCUCUGAAAGUGGCCCUGUUCUAUCUCUUAAAUCCCUACACGGUCUUGUCUUGUGUUGCCAAGUCUACCUGCGCCAUCAACAACACCCUUGUUGCUUUCUUCAUUUUGACCACGAUAAAAGGCAGUGCCUUCCUCAGUGCUAUUUUUCUUGCCUUAGCAACGUACCAGUCUCUGUACCCACUCACCUUGUUUGUCCCAGGACUCCUCUAUCUCCUCCAGCGGCAGUACAUACCUGUGAAAAUGAAGAGCAAAGCUUUCUGGAUCUUCUCUUGGGAAUAUGCCAUGAUGUAUGUGGGAAGUCUAGUGGUAAUCGUUUGCCUCUCAUUCUUCCUUCUCAGUUCCUGGGAUUUCAUCCCUGCAGUCUAUGGCUUCAUACUUUCUGUUCCAGAUCUCACUCCAAAUAUUGGGCUUUUCUGGUACUUCUUUGCAGAGAUGUUUGAGCACUUCAGCCUCUUCUUCGUCUGUGUGUUUCAGAUCAACGUCUUUUUCUACACCAUCCCCCUAGCCAUAAAGCUAAAAGAGCACCCCAUCUUCUUCAUGUUCAUCCAGAUUGGCAUCAUCUCCAUCUUCAAAUCCUACCCAACAGUGGGAGAUGUGGCUCUCUACAUGGCCUUCUUCCCUGUGUGGAACCAUCUCUACAGAUAUCCUGCUCAUCUCCGAUUACUUCUACGCCUUCCUGCGGCGGGAAUACUACCUCACACACGGGCUCUACUUGACCACCAAGGACGGCACGGAGGCCAUGCUUGUGCUCAAGUAGGCCUGGCUGGGCACAGGACUGUAUGGACUUCGGAGGGGUCAAAGGGCCCAGAGCUGGGCCGAGUCCUCAGGCAGGUGGGGUUUGAAUCCAGGUUCAUGGACCCCUGGUACCAGAGGGGAAGUUGGCUGGCAACAAGACCUCUGGGGAAGAGCCAGGAAUACCCCACUUGGACCCCCACUUCAUGGAUCUGCCCACCAUGCUGCCCCCUCAAGCAGGAAAGGGGAAAGAAGUAAGUGGGCAGAGCUUGUUAGGUUGUGGCUACUCAAUAAAUGCUUUUCUUUUUGUUACAAA